AUGCGUGCUCUUCUGGUGAAAUUUAACUACGGUCUGGAAGACCUUUCCUAUAUCGAAUUGGGGGAAUGCGGAUCCAUGCAAGGUGGGGUACAUCAUGACCGAGGAAGAACGCGAAAACCAAGAACGACCGUAUUUUACAUGGAAUGGUUCGAUGUUGAUGAGCAUCGGUACAAGUUGACGUAUAUUCCAAUGCAUGUCCACAAAUUAGAGGAUGGGGUUAAACUUGGAGCCCCUUGUUCGAGAGAACAUUGCCUGGUUCAGAUUUUUUCCAUAGGAAAAGCUCUCAGCAGUGGUGAAUUCGUGUUGAAACCGAAUGAAAAAUUUGACCCCCGGUUCUGCGUGACUGUCCAAAUCAAUCGACGUGAAGUUUUCUCGCUUCAUCAAGAGGGAUCCCUGUUUAGAUUGAAACAUGGAGAUAUCAUUGAGUUCUUUCUUCAAGAAAUUCGUUUGAAAUUUUCCCGAGAGAAAAUAGCGACACGGCGCAGUAAAUUGAGGACGUUGCAUUUGAUCGAUUUUUUUAUACACGGUGGCAGACGAGGAAGUUCAAAUGUUAUGACGUUUCCCGACUUCCUUGGCUGUGGCGAGCUGCGAAGCCUGCAUGCAAAUGACUUGCCUUUCAAGUUGAGUAAUGACGAUUGGCUCCUAGCUCAAAGAAGGGGGACGUUUGCGGACCUGGAAUUGUUAACCUUGCGUGGUGGCAAGUAUGAUGAGAUGCCACUAGCUGACAUGAUGUGCGAUGCUUUCCCAAAGCUAAAAUCCAUCUGGUUCCAAAAUUUACGAGUGUCACCGACGACUGAAAUAGACCAUAUACUGGAGAUGCCUAGUUUGGAGAAGCUUUGGUUCAGAAAUGUUCGUUCAGAGGUAGUUCCUGAACCGAUACCGCAUAAUUUCUUCGACCGAAGACCGAAAGAAUGGCUUGAAAACAUCAAACUUAUUUCUGCUGAUAAGUGGGAGAGGUAUAUCCCGUAUUCCAGGCUGAUCAACUUGGAAUUGGUUGCAUUCUUUUCGCGGUAUAAGACGACUGGGGUCACAGAUGUUGAUGGAACACUUCCUCGAUCCCUGGAGAACAUUUUUGAGGAACUUCGCAACUGUUCGAAGCUCAAAGGACUAAUUCUACGCAUACCGGAUGGUUUCCGGUGCGCAGUUCUUGGCGAACUGUCCCAAAAAUUGGAGUUCGCUGCUAUUUCGGGAGCUAACAGUGAUGAAGUGAAAUAUGUGCUCGAGUGCCUUUCCUCUGAUCAAACGCGUCUUGAAGAAUUGUGGAUUCGAGUGUUCAAUACAUCGGAUUUUAAAUUUGAGGAAAUCACCAAAGUUUUGAUGAGAUUCAAACGUCUCAAAGAAGUCGUGUUCGUGUAUACACCUUGUCCUCCUUCCAAGAGGAGCUUCGACAAUGAUGACGCCUUCGACACUGACGAAGACUCUGAUGACGCCUUCGACAGCGAUUGCGUAACGCUUGAGUACCGUAUGAGAUUUUUUGAAAGAGUGCUGCGGGAAUUCGCGGAUCCAGGAUGUAGCUGGAAACAAGCAACUUAUGUUUAUGAUGGUCCUUAUUUGAAGCAAUAUUUUACCUACAGUUUCAAACUGCGUAGGAAAACAGAAUUCUCAUCAUUUGCUGUCUCAAAAUUCUUCUCUGAAUGGUUCAGGCAUGUUUCGGAUGGAAAUGAAGAUUUGGAGUUCAGGGCAGCUGACUUGAUUUCAGCUCUUUUUCCCAAGCAAACGGAAUGAUAUGCGAGAAUUGUAUCUUAGUCGUUUCCUGAGUUGCAAAUAAUUGUUCAACUUUUUUAUGCAUUGAUUGACAUGCCGAAAUUAUCGCGAAGAAUACGAAGAGGAGUUGCGUAUAUAAUGGGGUUCCUUCAAGGAUGGCAGGAUUUUUUUUUUUCUUCGGAUUGCGAUUGUGACCAUAUUUUUUUGAAAAAUUGAGAAAGGUUUCGGCAGAAGUCAUUUCUGUUCCUUGAACUGUUGUUCGUUAUACACGUGUUUAAAAUAAGGGAAAAGAGGAAUUACAGUACUUUUUGUCACAU